UAUUUUCUCAAGAUGUUGCUGUUACUCGUGCUUUCGAGGAUGUUAAACUACGUUGGUGGAUCACCAAUGUUAACUCUUAUGAGUCACAUUAUCCUCAUCGAUCUCACAACAAAGCCAUUACCAAUGAAUUUAACAUUAUAGGAAAAUCAAAUGAUUUUGUUGAAUUGAACUCUCUAAAUCGCAAUAAGGCUGAC